AUGAACGAAGAAACCGAAACUAAAGAGGAGAAACCGGUGGCUGUAUGGCCCCCAAUAGAGAGUAGCGCUUCUUCAAGUCCUCAGCCACAUGUUAAUAUGCCAGUACCCACUACCCCGCAGGGUGCUCCUGUAAACCAAAGCUUUGAGUAUGAAUUGCCGUUUGAAUUGCAACAGCAGGGAUGGAAGAAAUUUUGGUCAAAAAGGGAAAAUCGCCCAUACUUUUGGAACAAACUUACAGGCGAAAGUCUGUGGGAGAUGCCUGUAAUAAAGCCACAAUUUGAUCCUAUUACUGAUCCUUUAGGCAUUUGCGCCCCUCCUCUUCCACAACCAACACCUAUUCCUUUACCUCAUAUGCCUCCUAAUACAGCAGUACCUAUAGUCAAAAGAAGAGCAUCCGAAGAAAUUGGCCCACAAGCCAAAAAAUUUAUUCUGGCUGGACCUUGGGAUCUAGAUGUACCUACCAAUGUGAUUAUUUUAGAAAGAGCUCCAUGUUCUUACAUGCAUUCACAUCCUGAAGUUGAGGCUUACAGGUGUAGUCUAUUAUCAAAACUGAGGCAAAGCUAUCAAGAAGUUUGCCAUUCAAGGGAAUCCAUCGAUGCCCCUAAGGAUUCUUUUAAUAGGUGGUUGAUGGAGAGGAAAGUCAUUGACACUGGUUAUGAUCCUCUAUUUCCUAGUAACUGCUACCCCGAAAUAUCACUCGCUAUGUACAAAGAAAUUAUGAAUGAUAUCCCAAUCAAGUUAGUACGUCCGAAAUUUACUGGAGACGCUCGGAAACAAUUGUCAAGAUAUGCAGAGGCAGCAAAAAAAAUUAUGGAAUCUCGAAACGCUGAAGCAGAAAGUCGAAAAGUUGUCAAAUGGAAUGUUGACGAAACGUUUCAAUGGCUGAGAAAAACGGUGGGUGCGACUUAUGAUGAUUUUCAAGAUCGUCUUGCACAUCUUAAACAACAGUGUCAGCCUCAUCUCACAGAAACAGUAAAAACUUCUGUAGAAGGUAUAUGCCUUAAAAUGUACAAUCUUUCGCUGGAAUAUGCAAAAAAAAUUAGGGAAAAGUCUAACUCCAUAUUGAAAGAACAUGGCAUGGAACUACCACCAAAUAUGAAUAUGCAUACAACAAGAAAAGUCUGGUGCUAUCCUGUGCAAUUUGCUAUAGGUUGCCCAAGGCUACCUGUUGUUGACUAUUUACCUGAUAGAGAUCAGGCUUUAUUAAGAUAUCAGGGAGAUACUUUGGCAAUUAACAGUAGCCACUUGCAAAAAUUAGAACACCUCUAUAGACACAGCUGUUUUGAUGAUAGAAAAUUUGAACUUUUCAUUCCUAGAGUAUGGGUAAUGUUAAAAAGGUAUGCCACAUUUCUAGGAGUGAAUCCCUCUCCCAAUACAGCCAGCUCUGAUGUCCAGGAUAUGCAACAAUCCGUACCUGUUACUGUCUUUGAGUGCCUAAACAGGGCAUUUGGAGUGACCUUUGAAUGUUUUGCUUCGCCCUUAAACUGUUAUUUUAAACAGUACUGCUCCGCGUUUGCAGACUGUGAUUCAUAUUUUGGUAGCAGAGGAUCGUUUCUAAAACUAAAGGCUGUAUCGGGUUCCUUUGAAGCAAAUCCUCCUUAUUGUGAAGAGCUAAUGGAAGCCUCGGUAGAUCAUAUGGAAAGGUUAUUAAACGAUAGCCCAGAACCAUUGAGUUUCAUUGUCUUGAUGCCUGACUAUCGAGAACCUACACCUAUUGCCUUAACAAGGCUUGAAACUAGUCAAUUCAAAAGAAGGCAAGUGACCAUACCAGCAUACGAACACGAAUUUAGACAUGGAUUCCAACAUGUUUUGAGCAAAUCUGAACUGAACAUCCGAUCGGUUCACGCUACAGUGAUAGUAUGGCUACAGAACCCCGCCGGACACCAACGGUGGGAACCUACGGAAGACCGAGUACAAGCAGUCUUGGAAGCUUUUAGGCCGGGCAGAGAAAGGGAGAGGGACAGACAAGAACUGUUAAGUCCUACUAGGCAAGGCAGUACGUCGGAUACUAAAGAUGUGUUAGUGCACUGA